AUUCUCUGAGCUGGUGCUAACACACGUUGGCAGUUUAUCACGUGAAAACAAAUAGCCGGACGUGAGAGACUAAGUAACAGCUUUUACUUCAACUUGACUUGAUCUAGCUUCUUACUAAAAGAUCGAUGAUGUUGGGUUUUACAGUGUGAAAGGUAGCCUUAGCUUUGAAUGGUUUUCUUCACGACGGGCCAGUCUUACCAACUAUUUCUAUAUUUCUUGUUGUACAGAAAGUACCCGAUAAAACGACGAAAUCAUGGAUAAUGAAACACUCUCCUCGUGUACAAGCCCCAACAAUUGUUCAUCCAACAUGACCAAUUCGGAUGAAAGCUACCUAAAUUUUGAGUCGCUGGUUCGGAUAGUUGUACCUACUAUAUUUGGUGUGAUAUUUUUGUUAGGACUCGUAGGAAAUAUAGUUGUGAUUCUGGUCGUGAUUGGUGAUAAACACAUGCGAAACACCACAAACAUUCUAAUAUUGAACUUAGCUAUUGCCGAUUUAUUUUUUAUCGUUUUUUGUGUGCCAUUUACUGCUUCUGGAUAUGCGAUGACUGUUUGGCCCUUUGGUAAUAUUUGGUGUAAAGUUGUUCAGUAUAUGAUGUACGUGUGCGCUUAUGCUAGUGUAUACACGCUGGUAUUGAUGUCAUUGGAUAGAUACCUUGCCGUUGUUCAUGCCAUUAGAUCGAUGAGGUACCGUACAGAAAGAAACACUUCUUUAGCCGUUAUCAUCACUUGGGUCGUCAUACUGCUGUGCAACAUACCCCUCUUGUUCAUCUACGAAGAAUACCAAUAUGAACACUUUAAGGAGAACCGAUCAGCUUGUCUGAACGUUGCUGAAUUUGACAAACCGUAUGUGGGUAAACUGUUCUAUGGCAUCUUCUUUGCUUUUGGCUACAUUCUUCCACUUGGAGCUGUUUGUAUAAUGUAUGGACUUAUGCUGAAGAGGCUAUUGUAUGGUAUAGUUCCUGGCGGAAACCAGUCCGCUGAGAGUAUUCGCGCCAAAAAGAGAGUCACCCGUAUGGUAAUCAUCGUAGUCGUUCUUUUCGCGGUUUGUUGGCUGCCAAUACAGGUCAUACUAAUUGUUCAAAAGUUUGGAUUCUAUCCUACAGACAUAUUUUACGUAGGAAUUCAAAUGGCGUCUAACUGUUUAGCUUAUAUGAACAGUUGUGUCAAUCCGUUUUUGUACGCCUUUUUAUCAGAAAAUUUUAGAAGAAGUUUCCGCAAGGUUCUUUUUUGCUUCGAUAGUCAAAGAGGAAAGCAUUCAUAUGAGCGAACAAGCACCCGUAUGGUAGAUGAAAAAACUAAAAACACGACCGUUCCAUCAAAAUAUAACAAUGAUAAUAACGUGUAAUUUAUUAUAGCAAGUCGUGUGUGUGAUAUGCAAUGAAUGUACAGUUGUAAAUAUUGGUGAAAAGUAAUAUAUAUUUGUCUUGUGCUGUUGGUUAUUUGUCAUUAAAAUGUUCGGCAAAACCAUCGACCCUGCAUUUUGUGUCCUAGUGGCAAGUCUCUUUAGGAUUGUACCUGAAAAAAUAUUUGAUAUUUAGUUUAUGUUCUUUAAAAAUACCAAAGUCAAACUUAACCAAACAAUUAACGAAGUAAAUCUUGAUAUAAAUUUUUAAAACUAUCUGGUCAUUUCAUAAUUUAAUUGUAAAUUACUGAUUUAGACAACACGGGGUUGUA